AAAACUUUCUUAUUCGCACUGGUGGAACCGGUUUCACGAGAAAAUAAUUCAUCAUGUCAGGAAAACACAAUAUAGAUGGAGGGCAGGCGAAGGAGGAGGAACACGUUUCAUCAUAUACGCCUAUAAGGGAGGCUGAACCAGAGUUCCGGUCAAACCUUGCUAAGUCAAAGGAGAAGUUAUCCUCUGACGGCGCCGAGGAGAAGCUGCUGCAGAAGGAAGACGAGGCCAAAAUCACGACCAGAGUGGAUAUGGCCGAUGCCAAGUACGUCGUCGGAGACCAUCGCAACGGGGACGCUAAGAUUGAGCUGGAUGCUAAUAAGCGGCAAUUCUCUGGGCUAACAAAGGAGGAACUUUUGAAGUACGCAGAUGACCCGUUUUGGGUGCGCUUGCGCUGGUUCAUGUUCUUGCUGUUCUGGGCGCUGUGGCUACUCAUGCUGGGCUGUGCCAUCGCUAUCAUCGUACGUGCUCCCAAGUGCGCACCACCAGCCGCUAAGUCUUGGUACGAAUACGGUCUAAUCGCUGAUCGUUCAUCUUCAAACGAUUACUCCGAGCUAAGCGACGAGCUUCCGGCAUUGCAAAAUAACAACGUAGAGGGAAUGUUCAUCACACCCUGCGCUAACACGUAUGACGUACUGGAUGAGAACAACUCUUGCAUCCCUGAUUUUAAAGAGUUCAUUGAAAAGGCCAAAAAAAAUAGUAUUAAAGUGAUCGUAGACCUGACGGCGAACUUCGUGUCGACGAGUCAUAAGUGGUUCCAGUUGAGUGUCAAUCGAACUGGGGAGUUUGCUGACUAUUUCGUAUGGAACGUUUCUAAGGACACUGAUGCUGACACCGGAAGGCCCAAACUGCCUAACAAAUGGAACUCCGUGUUGGGUGGUGAGGCGUGGACAUGGAACGGUCAGCGCCAGCAAUACUACCUGCAUCAGUACGCGGUGGAGCAGCCCGACCUCAACUUCCACAACGAUAAGGUCGUCGGUCACUUCAGCCACGUUAUUAAAAUAUGGAUGGCAGCGGGCGCUUCGGGGGUCAGGCUGCAAAAAGCUCGUCAGCUGGUUGUGAACUCGACGUUCGCUGAAGAAAUUCUUUCCAACAACAAAGACUCAGGGUUGAAGGAUUACAAUUUCUACUGGCACACGCAGACCAGCGACCAUCCCAUGCUGGAGAGCCUCUUCGGGCAUUGGUCGCAUCUCGUUAAAACCAUAGGAGGAGAUGAAUCAGUGUUCACAAUCGCAGAAGAUGGUGUCCUAAAACCGGAAUGGUUCCGGCUCCGCGAAAACUCUUCCAUGCUGCGGCCGCCGUCCGCUAUACCGAGAGCCGUCAACGCGAACGUUACAGGCCUCGUUGCAGACCUUAAUAGUCUAGUCAAUAAUCAUACAUGGCCCAUCUUGGAGCUGGUGUCGGAAGAUCCCGACGCUACUCCUGAGCUGGUGAAAUUCGCCGUGCUGCUGCCGGCCACGCCGGUCUUCAGCACCCCGCUGCCCGGUGACGACAACGAUACGCUCGCUGUCGAGUCGUUCCCGCAUCUGGUGGAACUGCGCUCCGACGCCAGUCUGCAGCACGGCGAGCGUGCCCUGGACGCCGUUCCGGCCAGCGACGGCGGAGGGAAGCUGAUCGCCUGUGCUCGCUGGAAGGCGGGUCACACUGGCUACGUCGCGGUGUACAAUCCAGGCGAGACGGCUCACGCCAACCUCACUGGCAUGGCCUCAUUGCCUGAUUCACUCACCAUACACCACGUGUCGCGACAGGUCCAUCUGGUCACCAACUACACAAGCAACUUGUCUGUGAAAACAGGCAUGGUCCUGGUGCCGGCCAAAUCCACCGUAGUUCUUUCGUACGUGCCCAAAACCACGGCGGAACAAUAGACCGUAAGGUCAAAUAAGCAUUCGGCUUAAACCGCAAUAUAUGAGCGGUCCACAUAUUUAUAAUGUGAUUUAAUUUGCAUUUUAUUUUUUACGUGUGUCAAGACAAUAAACGUUGUGUAGCAAGCAUUUUUGGUAUUUUUAUUC